GUUUGUAUAAAAUAAUUGCGUUGCUGUAGCGCAGUGUAUUACGGAGCACUAAGCGAAACAGCCAGUGACGCAGCGCAAUAAGAUCUUUAAAGUUAAAAUGGUGAAUUUCAUACACAUUUGUUUAAUGUUGCUAAGCACUUGUGGUAUCGUCGCGAGUAGUUAUCACUCUUGUAAUGGUGAAACGGCGGUAAAUUAUCAUCCCUUCAUCAAGCUUGGUAGCAAGUAUUAUUUUAUAAAUAGUAAUUGGAAGAUGAACUGGUUCAAAUCUUCUGAGUACUGUCGCUCUAUUGGAGGCGAUUUGGCGAAUAUUGUAUCACUUGAAGAACAUCUGGCACUGGAAGAGUAUAUCUUAGCUAGAAAAAUAAGAACGCAACUUUGGUUUGACGGCAACGAUUUGGCAGAGGAAGGACGCUAUAUGUCACACUCCACUGGUCAACCCAUAGUUUUCACCAAAUGGUUACAAAAUAAUCCCGACAAUUCAGGUAAUGAAGAUUGCCUUGAAGUUUGUAUACACGACAAAACACUUCUGAUGAAUGAUCAUCACUGUGAAAAUACUUUUUACGCAAUUUGUCAGUAUCGCGCACCCAACAAGCGUUGCAGUGAGAACAACUCAUUAAUGCAUCAAGAAGAACACUGUAUACUUGAGAAAUUAGUUGAUGUUUCGACGCAAGCAGUCGAUAUAUUUAAAUCACACUCGCAACCCACUCUGAGCCCAACAGUAUAGUGAAUGAAGAGGACGCAUCAGUAUAUAAUCCCGUGAAACAACUCCUGAACAGAACACCAGAUUUACUAGUAUACCGUAUACAAGAUACAAUGUGAAUCGAUUACCGUAAUAUUUAUCGUAAUAAAAUCCACAAAAAAAUAUAA